AUGAGAGUUAUUUCGUGCAAAGCGACCGAUGAAUUCAAAAAAGAGCUAUCUGCUUUAAAUUCAAAGAGUGCAAAUGUAGAUCAAAUAAAGAAGGCGUACCGUAAAAUGGCUCUUCGUUUUCAUCCCGACGUAUGCGAUCCAUCCAAGAGAGAAGAAUCGGCUCGCAUGUUCAUUGAGUUAAACAAGGCGUACACGAGUCUUUUAAAUCAAGAAUUUCAAGAAAGUGACGGUUUUGAAUCGGGAGCGUCGAGGGCGAAAUGGGAAUUCCAGCUUUCGGAACUUAAGAGGAAAUCCCGUUCGAAACAAGUGCAAAGUGAGGGAAGUUGGGGAUGUAGAAUGAGAGCAAAACACCAGUAG